AGCUUGACCAAAACACUGCAAGACUACUUUGGCUACCCCGCUUUUCGCCCGGGACAGUUCCCAGUUAUAGAGGUGGUCUUACAAGGCCGUGAUGCGGCAGUAUUCUGGGCUACCGGCUCGGGUAAGAGUCUCAACUACCAAAUCCCAGCCCUCCAUACGGACACGGUGGCAAUCGUAGUCAGUCCCCUCAUUUCCCUCAUGCAAGAUCAAACACACAAACUCAAUUUUUUGUCGGCGUCCUCCGCUAGUGGCACGCAGAAACCCGUGGCGACAUUCUUAGGGUCAUCCCAAACCGAUCCCGACGAGGAAGCCAAGGCACUCCGCGGUGAAUACAAUUUGAUCUACGUCACGCCCGAAAAGCUAGUCACCAGCGAAUUUCUGCAGGCUCUAGAGAAAUUGCACAAAGAUUACAAGCCGAUUCGACUCAUUGCGAUUGACGAAUCUCACUGCGUAUCGGAAUGGGGGCACGACUUUCGUCCCAGCUUUCGCUCGGUGGGCCCGUCGCUCCGCACACACGACGUCCUACGUCAGAUCCCCCUACUGGCCCUGACGGCCACCGCGGUACCCCGGGUGCAGGAGGAUAUCCUUACUUCUUUACAAAUGGAAAAUCCCUUGGUAGUGCGGCAGUCUUUUGAUCGGACCAAUUUAGAAAUUAUUGUCAAACCAAAAUCGACGGGCGGGACUGGCAGUAUCCCUAGCGCAUUCCAAUCGCUCUUGGCAGACACAAUUGUAUACGCGCCCACUCGUUCCCAAGUUGACAAUAUUGCGUCCUACUUGCAAACGCAUGCUCCGUCAAACGUUCGCAUUGAGGCUUACCACGCGGGGAUGAACGCAGAAGACAGGACGACGGCGCACCGGAACUUUUUGACCGGCGUCACGACCGUAAUCGUAGCCACUGUCGCGUUCGGUAUGGGCAUUGGCAAGCCCGAUACGCGACGGGUCAUUCAUUUUGGACCACCCAAAACGUUAGAGGAGUACUACCAGCAAAUCGGGCGUGCGGGACGUGACGGUCUGCCCGCGACCUGCAUUUUGUACGUCGCGAGUAGCGAUUUGGACAGAUACCAGUCAGACUUUUACCUAGGGGGCUUGCAUGGGAAAGCGAAGGAGGCCACAUUGGAGAGUAUGGAGGCCAUGAAACGAUUUUCUUUGGACGCGGAAACCUGUCGACGCAAACAACUGCUACUCUAUUUUAAUGAGGAACCUGCAUUCGGGGACCGCUGCGGUACUUGUGAUGUUUGCAAGAGUGUCGAAAAGUACGGAGAUGAUGCCCAGCGUGACUUCGGCGGCGAAGCGAGAAUUGUUUUGCACGCUGUUGACGCUUUGAAUCAACAAAGCAUGUCUCAAAUU